AUGAGUUCCGAAAACGAGAAAAACGUUGCGAACGACACUAAAUCGCAUGACUCGAUCGAGACUGCCCAAAAUCCUCUGGCGGCGGCAGCGCCAGUCGAAGUGGUGGUUUUGGACAGCGACGAUGGCGGAGAGAGCCACGUUGACAGCGGCGGAUCGUACUUUUGCCGCACGGUUUACCGUCCGAUCCCUCCGUUCCUUCUCAAAGUUCACGACAUGCUUGAAAAUCCCGAGACGAACAACGUGAUUUCUUGGACGUGUGGCGGGUCAAGCUUCGUCAUAACAAACCCCCACACAUUCGCAAAAGACGUGCUUCCCAUGUACUUCCGACACAACAAUUUCCAAAGCUUCGUGGCCCAGCUCAAUACAUACGGUUUUCGAAAAGUAAGUUGGGAGCAUUGGGAAUAUAGCAACAAGAACUUCCGAAAGGGGGAGAGACACUUGCUUAAUAACAUUCGUAGGCGCAACCAAAUCUCCCACAAUCAUCACAAUCCGUACGCGCACGAAAACUCCCCAUCUACGGGCCGAAACAUAGAGAAAGAGCUCGAGGCGCUCACGAAAGAGCACGAGCUUCUCAAGGUAGAGUUCGAGAAGCUGAAAGACAAGCAAGAGGCACUUGAGAAAAAACUCGCUACGCUCAUGAAAAGCCGUGCGGUGGUCAAGGGGGGCAAAGGGGGAAUUAAGGAAAAAGAGGAAGGCGUUUUGGGCAAGAAAAAGAAAGUCGAGGAGAACUCGGAAGGUAGUAAAAUGCCGAUGUUGGACGAGGGAGAGAGCGGAAAAGGGUACGAGAAGAACACGUUGAUAUCGUUGGAGGAUGUGUUUGGGGAGCCGACGACCGAUUGGGCCGAGUAUUGUAAGGAGUUGAUGGAGAAAGCCGGUCACCAUUUCAAAUCUUGA